AUUACGAAUUCUUAUUAGAGAGAUUCGUCGACCAAUUCCAUUAUAAUUUAACUUAAUUAAAUGUCUACAAAAAACGUUCCAGAUUUAUCUUAAUUAUAUAAUUAGAAAAUGAAAAAACUGAGAAAGACGUUAGUGAAAAAUCACUAAAUUAAGAGUUUUGUUAUUAGUUCCAAUUAUACGUCAUCUGAAAAUAAACCGAUCUUAAAAUAGAACACGCGUUCGAGUCUCCUAUGUCAGCAGAGUAAAAUGGAAAGAACGCGACAGAGAAAGACAAAGAGGAGGUGCAAUCAUACGAAGCAGUAAAGUGUAACGUUUCCCUUCAUUUAUUAUACGGAAGUGACAAAAAAAAUAUCUGGCGAAAGAAGUUAGAAUUCGAAGUUUGAAAGAAAUGAGAAUCAAGAGUCAAUAUUGUAAGCGCAUGCCUGUUAACAAAGGCACCACUAUUUUAUAUGAAAAUGCAUUUGCCUAUGUUGUAAAAUUGGCAGUACGUGACGAAAGAUGUGACCAUUGCUUACACAGUGGCAAGUUAUCCAAAUGUUCUGGAUGUCAAUACGUAUAUUAUUGUGAUCGUAAUUGUCAGAAAGAAUCUUGGCCAAUACAUAAAGCAGAAUGUGCAAAUUUAAAAAGAAUAUCACCAAAAAUAAUACCAGAUGCAGCACGGCUUAUGGCACGUAUAAUUAUCAAACUUAACCAAGGUGGAGCUAAUGAAGUAGGUUAUUACUGUGAAACAAAAUUUAGGAAAUUUAAGGAUUUAAUGUCUCAUUAUUCAGAUAUAAAAAAAGACCCAAAACGAAUGGAACAUUUUAUUUCAUUGUGUGGAGUUUUGCUCGAAUUUCUUGGUGAAGCACUAAUGCCUAAUACUGCAGAAUUGAUAGGUAUUUAUGGUAGAAUAUGUAUAAAUUCUUUUAAUAUAUUGGAUCUUGACAUGAACAGUAUUGGAGUUGGUAUUUAUUUGGGAGCAUCAGUGAUAGAUCACAGUUGCAAACCAAAUGCAGUUGUUACUUUUGAAGGAACUACUAUUAUUGUCAGGACAUUAAUUGAUCUUCCUUAUCUGGAUUGGUCACAGGUGUGUAUAUCUUAUGUCGAUCUGUUGAGUUCCAAUAAUGAGAGAAGAAAAGAGCUGUAUGAUUCAUACUAUUUUUGGUGCAAUUGUGAAAGAUGUAAGCAAUCAGAACCAAUGGCUGAAACAGCUGUGUGUCCAAAUCCAUCAUGUGCUUCUCCAUGCUUGAUUGAAAAUGAUAAAUGUGACAAAUGUGAUGCAAAAUUAUCAGAGGACUUUAAAAAGACUUUUCAUGAAAUUACAGAUUUUACUAUCCACCAUCUAGGAAAAAUGAAAACUAUGGCUUAUCUUGACGUCAGUAAAAUAUGUCUAGAAAAACAAAAAGAUAUAUUGCAUAGUUUCAAUAUACAACAUAUACGCACACUAGAUACAGCCUUUCUUGCUGCUGUAAACCUGGAAUAUUGGGAAGAUGCGGAAUUAUAUAGCAAACAGCUUCUACCAGGAUAUUUAUUAUAUUAUGGAGAGGUACAUCCUUUGAUUGGAUUGCUAUAUCUAACAAUGGGAAAAAUACAAUUACAUUUGAGAAAAUUAAAACAAGCACUAGAAAUAUUGAAGAAAGCCAGUGCAGUACUAACAAUAACACAUGGUGAUAAACAUCCGAUAAUGAGAGAAGAAUUACGACCUUUGCUCUACCAAGCUAUUAUAGAAACAACAAGCAAUAAUAAUCACAAUGAUAUUGUAUAACAAACUUAAAUUUGUAAUUAUUAGUAAU